CAAGCCCUGUCUAUAGGUAAUCUUCUGCCACCUAGAGGUAGAAAAACGUCAAGACAGGUAGACUGCUAAAGCAGCGCUUACAGCAAUACACUCUGAACCGGGCUCCAACGUGUUAUCAAUAUUAAUUAGCAGCGUUUUGUCUCAUCCAGUCACGGGAGGGAAGACGGGCUGGCUCCUAUUCGUUUGGCGUGCCCAUAGUGUACUGUAUGUUGUUUGAAUUUCACACCUGUUUCUGCUGCCUGCGGUUAAGGAUUGCUACGGAUUCAUCUCCCUUGCCGGUGGGAGUGGCAGCGUGUGCGGUAGUCGAUGUAAGGACAUGGGGAAAGGACGCUGGCUUCUUUUGGGGUGUUUCUGUGUGGUGUUAUUUUCUUGAACAGAAUCCGUAAUGGACGCGGAACACCCCCCUACGUCCAAUACUAUGGACUCGUCCAGCUUCUCCCAGGUGGUUUUCAACAAUGUGGAGAAGUCUUAUUUUCCCGGUCAGUCGGUCAAAUGUGCCUAUACCAUCAUGGCUGUACUCAAGCCCAACAUCAAAGACUGGGUCGGCAUUUUUAAGGUUGGCUGGAGCACCACAAGGGAUUACUACACCUUCCUGUGGGCCCCCCUUCCCAGCGACCUCGAGAAAGAGGAACAGGCAGAGCAAGAGGUGGUCUUUGAGGUGUACUACCUGCCCAAGGAGGAUGGCGAGUUCUAUCAGUUCUGCUAUGUGGACAGCAGAGGGCUGGUCCGAGGGGCCAGCACCCCCUUCCGAUUCCAGGGGGGCCACGAGUCCAGCCUGGAAGCCGACCUGCUCGUGGUCACCACUCAGGAGCAAGUGGAUGAGAUCGAGAAGGAGGCAGAGGAACUGAGGAGAGAGAACAGACAACAGGGCGAGACCAUCGUCCUCCUGAAGAGGGAGCUGGAAGACAGGCUGCUGGAGCUGAGAAAGACCCGGGAGUCAGUAGAGAAGCUGGGCUCUGAGGUGUCGAAGCUGCAGGUGGAGGGCGAGGAGGAGAGGCAGGGGAGGGAGGCUGUGUUCGCCCAGCUGGGAAAGCUAGAGACCACACUGGCCGGGACAGAAGAGCAGAGUCUGGAGAGCUUCCGAGAGAAAGAGGAGCUGCAGCAGACUCUCACAGCCCUGAGAGACAGGCAGGACAAGGUGGUUGCGAAGGCCAGGCAGCUGAGAGCGGAGAACGAGGAGCUGAAAAAGAGGAGCAGCCAGGCUGAGGAAGAGAUCGACACGCUGAGAGAGAGUCUGACCGAGCUGCAGCGGGGGAAGACACAAGCCGAGUCGGAGCUGAAGAAACUGCAGGACUGGAGCCAGCUGCUGCAGUUUGACCUGGGGAAUGCGCAGAGGGAGAAUGUGAAGCUGGCAGGAGAGCUGCGCAAUGCCAGGGGGGCCGCCGAGAGCGUACAGGUACUGCGCUCGGAGAACCAGGAGCUGAGGAGAGCACUCGAGGGGAAGAAAGAGAACACCGAAAUACAGGCGCAGUGCCGGGAGCUGGAGCUGAAGCUGCAGGAAGCACGGGCUCUGGCGAGCUCAGAGACACAGCGGGCGGGCCGCACCCUGCAGGAAGUGACCUCAGUGCGGCACGCACACGAGAGGGAGGGGGCGGAGCGUCAGGAGAGGGAGGCGCAGCUGCAGUACUGGAAGCACGAGUUCGAGAUCAUGAAGGAUCGGCUGGAGAAGACAGAGAUGCUGCUGACAGAGAGCAGACGAGGACUGGAGGAGGAAGCUGUGAGGUGUGGGAUUCAGCAGCUGGAGAUCGAGGAACUGAGACAGGCCAACAAGGACCUCCAGAUGGAGAUGCAGAGGCUCCGCAGGGCUGGUCAGACGCAGCACUCUCCUCUAUCCAGCCUGCCCGACACCCCCGCAGUCCAGCUGCAGCACCCCAACCCCUACAGCCUCCCACCGGUCCCCUCCAUCCCGCCCCACACCCCCUCCCUGCUCUACCCGAACCCCUUCAUCGGCACCACAGGUCAAUCUGGCUCCGUUACACAGGGCUCUGUGAAGGACUGCCCGGUUUGCAGAGUGCAGUUUCCUGGUAUCACUGACGAGGAGCUGGCACAGCACAUGGAGAGCCACGAACGCAUCUGCCCCUUCUGUGGGGACCUGUUUGAGUACUUCACCCAGGAGGAGUUCGAGAGCCACGUCUACGCGCAUGACUACUGAGACCAGCUCCACGGCGCCGCCCUUGUGGCACACAGCAGCAUUGCAGCCUCCCUCUGCCACGCUUGUUGUAAAUCGCCUGUCGGCACGAGGCACUGUUUAAUCAAAUCACAGAGAAGCAAUGUUAAACCUUCUUUUAAAAAUGAGUGCCAGGGGUUUGAGUGAAUGGGAAGCUUAUUUUAAAUGAUUCAAAGUGUCCUUAACAAAACAUACCUAAAAAAAAAAGAAAAGUCGUUUUUUAACAGGUUAAGAAAAAAGGGCCUCAGAAUACGGGCCUAAGUCUCGGGCUGUAUUCACUUUUAAGGACUCCUUCGAUGAAUUCCAAGUUAGCAGAUCGUGCAAAACCUGCCCCCACCUGUUUUUAAAAGAGGGUUGCUUCUAUUUAUUUAAUUGUAAUCGCUGUUUGACCUUUGAAAAUGGUUUAAAAACGCUCUUGCGGUUUGUGAACAGGGCUCUAUAUUAAGCCUUGCACUGGGAGGCACUGGGAAGCUGUAGUUAAGUAAAACCAUUAGUAAUGAUUCAAUAAGCCAGGGAGAGGGACGAUGUGUGUUAAUGUAGGAGAGGAUCAUUGUGAACACAAAGCCACUUUUUCAGGACCUGUGGUUUGAAACCUGGUUUCCGGGAGGCCUAGUCUGAGGUUGCUGUAAUGAAAUGUUUACAAAACCUAGAGGAAGAGAAUAUAGCAGAAUCCUUUUAACGCCCAACAGAAGCUGUAGUUAGACUGUCUGGAGGGAACAUUUGUAACACAAUAUAUCAUCUGAGUGAUGUUUAAUUCUUGUUGUUCCUUUUACUUUGUGUAUAACAAAAAACGUGUGUCUCAUUAGGGUGAACGGAACCGAGUAAAGGAUCGAGUUCAUUCGCUGACGGAUGGUGGA